UUUACUUUAUUUGUAUUUUAUCUCUCGAGUCACUUGGCCAUGGGAUAUGCAGAUUUAAUUACAGUAUUCGGUGAUAUCGAAAAAACUGUUGAAAAUUUAAGUGAAACUGGUAUACAUUCAGCAAUUCUAUUGCGAAUGAUAUACUUAAAAUCAAGAUUGAACAAUCAAACAGCAACACUGGCAACACCAUUUAGAAUUCGUAUAUUCAUUAAUUUUACACCAUUAUACAGAAUUCUGUUACUUUAUAUCUAUGAAAUAACAAUGAUUUACGUUCAAAAUCUCAGAGAAGCUUAUUAUGAAUGUCUCUCUUAUGAUUUGUCAAUCGAGGAUAAAAAAAAAAUUAUUGUUUGUAUGAUUAUUGUUGAUAAACCUGUUAAUAUCAAAGCUGGAGGUUUUUAUAAUUAUUCAUUAAAUUCAUUUCUUAUUGAAAAAUUUGAAAAAGCAGCAUGUGUAAUGGAACGUGUAAAAAAUAGUUUAGAAUUACCAGGUGUUUGGCCUUUUGGAAUAACAUUCAUGGGAAAAGUGAAAUUUACAUUAUUCGUAUUUUAUCUCUCGAGUCAUUUGGUCAUGGGAUAUGCAGAUUUAAUUACAAUAUUUGGAGAUAUCGAUAAAACUGUUGAAAAUUUAAGUGAAACUGGAUUGAACAAUCAAACAGCAACACUGGCAACACCAUUGAGAAUUCGUAUAUUCAUUAAUUUUACACCAUUAUACAGAAUUCUUUUACUUUAUAUCUAUGAAAUAACAAUGAUUUACGUGAGUAACAUUGGUGAAUGUCUUCGUAGUGAGGUUGAAAAUCUUAGAGAGUCUUAUUAUGAAUCACUUUCUUAUGAUUUAUCAAUUGAGGAUAAAAAAAAAUUAUUAAUUUGCAUGAUUAUGGUUGAUAAACCUGUCAAUAUCAAAGCUGGAGGUUUUUAUAAUUAUUCAUUAAAUUCAUUUCUCAUUAAAAAUUUUGAAAUUGCAAAAAGUGUUAUUGAACGUGUUAAAAAUCAAUUAAAAUUCAUUGGUAUUUGGCCUUUUGGAUUAACAUUUUUGGCUAAAAUAAGAUUUUCAUUGCUUGUUUUUUAUCAUGCAAGUCAUUUAAUGAUGGGAUACGCUGAUUUAAUAUCAAUAUUUGGUGAUAUUGAAAAAACAGUUGAAAAUUUUAGUGAAACAAAUACACAAUCAUCAAUAUUAAUAAGAAUAUUAUUAUUAAAAUUAAGUAAAGAUUUACAAAUUUUACUAGCAACAACAUUGAAUCAUAUGAAUGAAGAAAAUUAUAGGGAUGAUGAUGAAAAAAGAAUUUUCAUAAAAUAUUAUUUAUUGGCUGAUAAAUUGUUAAAAUAUGGUAUUUAUUUUGCAAUGGGAUCGACAAUUUAUUGGUAUGUCAAAGGAAUACCUGCUUACAUUGAUGCACGAUUACAUAAUGAAACAGCAAUUUUAGCAACUCCAUAUAGACUUUGUACAUUUAUUGACAUAACACCAUUACAUAGAACUCUGAUUAUUUAUGUAUUUGAAUUAACAAUGAUAUACAUUAAUAAUAUUGGUAUUUACAUGUUAACACUUUACACAUUAAUUGUUCUAAAUAUGUGUGUACAAUUAGCAAUACUGUCACACAGAAUAAAAAUAUAUUUUAAAGAUGAUCAUAAAAAUAUACGAAAAGAAAAUUCAUUUAAAUAUUAUGUUGACAAACAUAGUCAACUAAUUUCAAUGAUACAAAAAAUUAAUGAUAUUUAUUACUUUCAACUAUUUUAUGAACUAUUGAGUUUUACUGUUUUAUUGGGUUUACUAAUGUACACUGGCUCUGAGAGUUUUAAUAAUGAUGACAUUGCGGGAGCAAUAUUUAUUGGUUGUUAUAUUUGUUGUAUGAUGAUAAUUAUAUUUUGUACAUGUUAUUUAGGAGAGUGUAUACACACUGAGGUUGAUAAUCUUCGUGAUACAUAUUAUCAAUGUUUGUCAUAUAAUCUAUCAAUGGAGGAUAAAAAAAAAUUACUAAUUUGCUUAUCAAUAGCUGAUAAACCUGUUAAUUUAACAGCUGGUGGAUUUUACAUUUAUUCACUUCACUCAUUUCUCAUGAUUAUAAAAUCAUCAAUGGCAUAUGUAUCAAUGCUACAACAAAUGCACUAA